CUUUGUCAAUAUUUUGAUUUUUGAUUUGUUUUUCAUUUUCCUCUCAUCCUAAAAAGUUCAAAAACACGAAAAUGCUCCCAGUUUAAUAAUAAUUUGCUAUAGAUAUUGUUAUUGAGGUCUAAAUGGCUGCUUUUUUAAGUGACAUUCAUUUUUGGACCACCCAAGAAGACGUACUAAUAAAGGACACAGACUAUGGCUCCUUCAAAUACUAUCACAAAAAAGAAUCUAACCUGACCCAGACAGCCCAAGCAAAGAAAGUAUUCUGUGAACAAGUUGGAAUCACUUAUACCCCAGUUAAUAAGAGGCCGGACCGGCUAAGAGACAGGCUUAAAGAACUAGAAGAACAUUUAAUUCACAAUAAAAUAGUCUACUAUUGCUGGGAUGAAAGCAAUUUGAAAAUUUUACUCUCAACAGGGCUUAUUGUAUGUUUAACUAUUAACCAGAAAACUGGGGAUCUAGUAAAUAUUACUUUCGAUAAGCAGCUCUUUUUGAAGUUGCAAGUUAAUAUUAUAUGUGAUGGCGCAAUAUUUGGUUCUCAAGUUAUAUGUGUUUGCAAUGAUGGCCACAUAUUAGGUUUCGGAGGGCCAUGGAAAGAAGGUUGGAUAUUAGACGGAGGCCCAAGAAGGAAAUUGCACUACUACAAUGAUUGGUUGGUGGUUUAUGGAAAAACUGAGGUGGAACACCCUCAGCCUUGGAGUCCCUUGACCAAGGAUCAUCAAAGGGCUAAUUUGCAUUUAUAUUGGAUUGGUAGCAGGGAUCCAGAGCUGUUGUCUUAUAGGAAAACUGAUGGAGAACCUUUGUUGGUUGUAGUUAGUAAGGUUUGCAGCAGAACUGUUAUUGUGGUGGAGCAGAAAGUCACACAAAAAGGAGCUGUAUCGGUGGAAGUAAGCAACUUUGAAUUAAUAAGUAACACAUUAAAAAGAAUCUCGGUUACCUCAGUACCAUUACAAACUCAAGUGAGCUGCACUGCCUUAAGUGAAGAUGAAGAAAGACUACUUAUAGGGUGCAUAGAGGGGUCUCUUGCCAUUCUAGAUCGAAAUCGUGGCUCUACAAGAAUAGUCAAAGCUGCUUUUAUUGCUACUUUAGCUGCGUGGCAUCCUUUGGGGGUAGUUUUGGCUGUAGGGAAUGAAAGGGGUCACAUACAAUACUUUGAUACAGCUUUAAACUCCAUUAAAACCCAUUUAACCACUGAAGAUUCCACCCCUGGAAAUGUUUUUGAUUUAAGUGGAUAUUUUAAUACUCAGUUUAAUGUGGUGUCUAUGAACUGGGGACCUAAAGAUUUAGUUAUUUCUUUUGAACAAGGACCGCUGGCUUUGUUAACUCAUAUUGAGGGAUCUUUAACCUUUAAGUCAGUUGCCAGACUGUACAUUAGAAAUGGUAAAAUCGACCACGCUGUAAGGCUUUUAUUAAGCUGGGACUUCGGUGAAAAAGUAUUUUUUGUUCUCCAGCAAAUCACUAUGCACCUCUUAAGAUGUCCGUUAACAGAAGAGGUCGCACAAUUCCUACAAGAAGCCCUUGGCUCAUUUCAUAAUCCUCCAAUACCUUUGUCAUCUCAAAUUAGGCAUAAAUUUGGACAUCAGGUUGUGUGCAUAACUCGAAGAUUUUUCUAUCGACUUGUCAGAGCGAGCAUGUUCGAAACAGCAUUUUUAUUAGCAGUGGACGUCGGUCAUCAUGAUUUAUUUAUGGAUUUACACUACAUAGCGGUGAAAUUGGGUGAAACCGAAAUGGCUGCCGCUGCAAGAGCGCAAGCUUCCGCAUUGUUAAGUAGAUGUUCUAGUGAAGCUUCGAAUUGUUCUCGAUCUCUCUGCUCUCAGUGUUCGGGCAGCGAAACCUGCAGUAGUCCCACGAAUUAUGAGGAUAACGUGACAAGUGGUCGUCCUAGGAUCGACUUGCCUCCGGAAAAUGUUUUGGCAACGGAUUUUAUGCAAAUGCAUCCCACCACGUACAAACCAGAGGAAAAUGAGCCGGUUAAAAGUGUCGAUGUAUCGAGAAAACCAUUUCCGUUGCGCGCUACUUAUGUUAAGGCACCCCAGGUGCCUUCAGAUUUCAUAAAACAAACACAACAACCUCCUCCGGUGCCCCAGCUACCAUUCCAAAGAGCCCUGGGCGUGUCCUACAUCCAGAAAUACGUGGAAAACGUCGCAAAUCGAACCAAAACAGCCACUGCCAGCGGCUCCAUACCCGCCAACCAGGACAUGGACCACAACGUCUCCGGUUUACCCCAAUAUUCUUCGCCGUUUAACAAUUUAUUCAACGCCAAUGCCAAGCCGGGUUACAUGCCUUUAAGUACCGAAUCUCCACCUCCAUUACCACGAAUCUCGCCCUCGUCCAAACUCUCCAAAAGUUGUCAAAAUUUAAAUGGUACCGACAUCCCGCCACCGACAGCCUUUAUGAACGCCUCAGUAGAUAAUUUAAUCGACUUAGACGAUCCUAUUGCGGCGAGUAAAACGAAAAAGGCCCAAACGAAAGUAAAAUUUUCGGAUACGGUGACGGCUUUUAUUGUACCGGAGGUGAAAAGACCGGUAAAGCCGCCGCUACCGUCGCAUAUAAUGGAUCCGAGAAGAGAGUUGGCGGAAAGUUUACCCUUGUGCCAUCCGAACGAGGAUUAUUUGAAAGAUUUCGCGCCUAUUAGGAAAGAAGAUGACGGGGAGUCGCCUAGCGAACCACCCAGUGCCCCACCUAAGAUUAAAGUGGUGCAUUUUGGGGUUGUUUAAUGUGAAAAAUGUAAGGGUGAGUUUUUAGAGUGAAUACGUAUUAUUUAAUGUAAAAUUUAUUAGGCCAAAAUAUAAACAUUUUAUUUUGGACUAUA